GCUGCCCCGGAAGUUGUCGCCGGGGCCGGUUCAGCUCCGGUGAAGUCAACGCCGCACACCGUGGGGCCCUUUGGCGGUGCAGGACAGACCCGGCACCUGGGGAGGGCAGCAGGACGGCCGGGUGUGGAUGAGGCUCCUAGCGGGGGAGCCGCAGCAGCAGAGAAGCAAGUUGAAGAUGGAAAUUGAGGACUACAAUGGCCGCUCUUAUAUCUCUGCUGGUGACUCUUCCUUGGAAAAGGAUUUCUCAGAAGCUUUGAUCAGACCCACUGUGAGUACUCCAAAUAGUCGCCAUUCAUCCCCGACCCGAUCGCUGAGUGCUAAUUCCAUCAAAGUAGAAAUGUAUAGUGAUGAUGAAUCUGGACGCCUUCUUGUCCACGACGACCGACUAAGUGAGAAAGACGAUGGGGGCUUGCCUGAUGACUCGCUGGUCGAGCCACUAGGCUACUGUGAUGGUUCUGGUCAAGACCCACAUUCUCCUGGAGGCAUUCGCCUCCCCAAUGGCAAACUGAAGUGUGAUAUUUGUGGAAUGGUCUGCAUUGGACCGAACGUUCUGAUGGUGCAUAAAAGAAGCCACACGGCACUCAGCGGGGACUUUAUGUUUGAUGCUGUUUCAGGUGAGCGACCUUUUCACUGUAACCAGUGUGGUGCCUCAUUUACUCAGAAGGGGAACCUAUUAAGGCACAUCAAACUGCACUCGGGUGAGAAGCCUUUCAAGUGCCCAUUCUGUAACUACGCUUGCCGUCGUCGAGAUGCACUAACAGGUCACCUGCGCACCCACGCUGUCUCCUCCCCCACAGUCGGCAAGCCCUACAAGUGCAACUACUGCGGCCGCAGCUACAAACAGCAGAACACGCUGGAAGAACAUAAGGAGCGAUGCCACAACUACUUGCAGAGCCUCAGUAAUGAAGCCCAGCAUCUCCCUGCACAUCAAGGUGAGGAGAUUCGAGACCUGGUGCUGAGACCAGAUUCACUACUGCAUCUCUCCUCUGACCCGCCGUCUUAUAUGGACCGGCUGGCAUGCAGCCUUACUAAACGCAAGCGCUCCACACCUCAGAAAUUUAUGGGAGAGAAACAGAUGCGGUUGAGUCUGAAUGACCUCCCGUAUGACAUGAACUCGAGUUUCGAUAAAGAUGUAGAAAUGGUGCCCCAUCACCCUCUGGAUCCUGCCUAUGGCAACGCAUUGGCUUUUGUGGGAGGACCUAUGCGCUUACCACCAUCAAACUGUAUCUCAGAGAUCACUCCGGUUAUUAGCUCAGUGUACACCCAACUACAGCCCAUGCAAGGAAGGCCAGACAUGCCAGGAAAUCGGGAAGCAGCAGAGGGUCAUGAGGACCUACCUGAUGGAACACAAAUUCAUUACAGAGGACGAAGUGAGCAUGGGGCUUCCCCUACAAAUGGCUGCCAGGACUCCGCAACAGACACUGAAAGCAACCAUGAGGAGAGGGGAUCCCAGGCUACCAGCAGCCGGCAGAGCCCAGCCUACGCCAAAGAGGACCAGAAACCACCUGAGGCAGGGGUAGUACACCCCUCCCGCUCAUUGCCUGGCACUGCCAAAGAAACCCUGCGAGUGCUGGGAGAGGAUGGGGAGCAAGUAAAAGCAUUUAAGUGUGAGCACUGUCGGGUACUCUUCCUGGACCAUGUAAUGUUUACAAUCCACAUGGGUUGCCAUGGCUUCAGAGACCCUUUCGAGUGCAAUAUCUGCGGCUAUCAUAGCCAGGACCGGUACGAGUUUUCAUCACAUAUUGUGAGAGGGGAGCACAAGGUUUAACAGAGGGAACAGGGGUGGAGCAAGGGAAACUGCACUCACCCCAUAGGGCACAGAUGCACAGUCUUGCCUAGUGGCAGACACCAAUUUAUGGCUAGGCCUUUCUAAGCGUGGCCCCUUUAAAAGGUUUUAGUCUUUUGUUGGUUUUAUUUUUGAUUUUUUGAUUUUUUUUUUUUUUACACAUAAUGGGUGGGUAAUUAAAAUUAAAGCACCUUUACAUGUUUUGUUUUCUUAUUUCACUACAUUUCACUACUGUAAUCCACAUGUUAUGUGUUUGCAAUUGCAAAUAAUGAUGUAUUUUGUCCCAACUACCUAAGAGUUACAUAUGACAGAACCAUUAACCUAUCUACAGUGACAUUUCUACUUCAUAUGGCAUAUUAACAGAAAUAGGGAAUGAAGCAAUUUUAAUUUUUUAAUUUUUUUUUUUAAAGGGGUCAAGGCACUACUGGAUUAAUGGUCAUGUGAGCUUGUUAGACGAAGAUACAAAUUGCUGGUUAUCUAGCCUCACUUUGGUUCAUGCACUUAAAGUGCCUUGUUGCCUGUUGGGGUACACUCUCCCCAAGAUAGUACAGUGUUAAAAGUAAAAGUCUUUAGCUUUGCUGCCAGAUGGGAAGUAGUUAGCUAGUUUAUCAAAGUUAUUAGUUCCCUUGUCUAGGUCUUUAUUUUUCAAGGGAUGGUCUCCCAGUCUCAAAAUCUAUUAACCUCCUGACUUCUAAAUACGCACAUAGCUCCACAACUAUCUCCAGCAAAGGACUUGGGGAGUAGCAGGGCUGGUCUAUCCCUUGAAAGUGGUUAAGUGAUAUCGCCGGUUUUCUCAGCACUUUUGGAAGUGAGGAUACAAAACUGUACUUGCCACUCAAAUCUCUAAAGCACUCUAUCUCUUACUUCCUUGCCCAACAAUGUGUUCUUCUUUGCACUGACAGAUUGACAACAGACUAAUGAAAGUGAAUUAUUUGCAUAUUGAAAGAUAAACUGCUACCAAGAAGAAGUCCUUAGAGGGUUAAAAAAACAAAACUAGCAAACAAACUAAAAAAAUAAAAUAAAAAUAAAUCUAUUUAAAUAUUGUUAACUGUGCAGCUGAAUAUUUUUCCCCCCCUUAGAUAUUUUUUUUUUCCCCCUUGCUGCUGGAUGGGCCUACCAUUUGUUGCAGUGCAGUGAGUUUUAAUGCUGCAGAUUGUGUAGCAGUUAAGGGGUUAAAAUAUUACCGCUCUUGUAAUUAUUUUUGUCUAUAUUUUCUGAAUAUUUUGUAUAUCCCUUAAUUUAUCCGCUUACAUCACCCUGUCUUAAGCGUCAGUUCUUCGAUCUUGUUACACAGAGACACAUGCACACAUAGCCUGGUCAUAAGAAGUAAGCCUUUUUUACUUUAAUGCUAAAUGCUUGCUGUGAGAUUAAUAGGGGUAACACUUGUGUCCAAGUUAUGAUCAAUUAAUGUAAAAACAAUCUCAGACGGGUUUUACACCUUUUUGUUAGUGACACAAUAAGCAGUUAUGUUUUGAGCAUUACUGCUCAUGUUUGUGUGCCUUGAAUGCAAUGCGACUUUGCAUUCAUUGGGUAACUUUAUUUAAAUUACACAAUGUCUCUCCAUGUCCAAAGGAGGAGAACCAUGAUGUUCAUUUCUUGGUGCUGAAAAUGGAAGCACAUAUUGUUGUCUUCUGAAAGUUUAACUUAAAGAGACACCCCAAGCACUCUAACCA